CGCCCCGGUACCGGCGAUCCCGCGCGGCUCCGCCCCGCCGUGCUCCGCGCCCGCCGCCGUCCGACCCGCGCCGCUACCGCCGAGCACCAGGUGCCAGGAGCCAUGGGCAGGGACAGCCAGCGCCUGGUGCCGUGGGCCGCCCGCGGCAGGGGACACUGAGCAGACAGACCAUGGGCAGCCGGCGCCAGCGGGGGGGCCCAGCAGCGGGCAGGGCUGCAGGGGCAGCGAGCCGGGGGCUGUAGGGCCGGGCGGUGGCAGCAUGCCCGGCGGCCCCUCGCCCUCCCGCGCAGCGUCCCCUCUCUGCGGCGGCGCGGGAUGAGGCCGCCCGCUGCCCUGGGCAGCUCCGGGGACGGGCGCAGCCCUGGGCUCCGGCCACCGGUGCGUGGCCCCCCUGCCCUGCCACAGCACCUGGCCGCAGGGCAGCGGCCCCGGGGCCCUGAGCCAUGGUGAGCCGCGAGCCGCGGCCCAGCCCGGUCCCUACCGGCGAGGGAGGCCAGGAGAAAGCCAUGACGGUGCGCUCGGUGCUGCUCAACCGCGACUCACCCGACAUCGAGAGUCGCCUCCGGCGCCGGCGCAACCGCACGCAGCAGGUCCGUUUCAAGGACCUGGUGGAGGGCAGUGAGGGGCCCGCGGCCACCCCCAGCCCCAACACCCCACGUGCCUCGCCGCCCCCCAGGGACGCCCCUGAGCCGGCGGCUCUCCGUGCCUCGCGGCGCAGCUGGCCCCAGGCGCAGCCGGGCUCGCUGACGCUGCCCAUGCCCAGGAAGGCCUGCAUGAGCACCGCCAUCCAGACCUCCCCCAGCCUCCAGAAGCCCUUCCUGGGCCCCCAGCCCCGCAGCAGCAGCGCCUGCGACGUGGCCAGGGAUGCAGUGCUGCUGGCUGCCCUGGGGAGUGCCCGGUGCCCAGGGGUGGCUGUGCCCACCGGCACCGGCCACGCUGUGCCCCCACAGCUGCCCGGCAGCCUUCUCGCCCGCGAUCACGCCACAGCCCUCGCCCAGCGCGCCGCAGCGCGCAGCCUGCCACCGCCCAGGGAUCCCUGUCCCCCCUAUCCGGGCACGGCUGGGUGCCCCGCUGCCCGCUGCACCGCCCCGGUGCAAAGCUGCUCCCCAGAGCCAUGCCCGCCACCCGCUGUCUGCGCCCGGCUCCGGGCGAACCCCGGGGGCAGCCACCGGGCCCCCCCGCGCCCGGCCUCGGUGCCCUGCGCUCAGCCCCAGCCGACCGCCCGGCCGCGGGGGCUCGGCCGCAGCGACUCAGAGCGGAUCCUGCCCCGCGGGCACCCACUGCCCCAGCCCUCGCCACCGCGCCAGCCGCCCAGCCCCGCCACGGACACCCAUGGCCUCCGCCAGCCAGCUCAGGGCACCCCGCCACCCCAGCACCAGCUCUGCGGCACGCCCCGGGGGGGGCCCUGCUGCACCUCGCCAGCCCCCACGCCACCAGCACCGGGCUGGCACGGCUCUGCCACCGCCACGCCGGAGAAGACACCAGCUGCGCUCGGCUGUCGGGAUCCCCGCAGCGCCUGCAGCCAGCUCCGUGCCGCCAAGCCCGGGCUCGGCCGCGCAGGACUGGAGGGGCCCAGGGAGCCGCUGCCCCCAGCCCCGCCGGGUCCCGGCGGGGGGACGCACCCAGCUGGGUGGGCACCGGAGAUCCCCCGGCACGGGCAGCCCUGCCUCACCGCCGAGCAGUCGGAGACGCUGCGCCACGUCCAGGACCUGCUGCAGCUGGUGGUGGCAGCCAAGGGACCACCGGCGGGGGAUGAGGACGCCCAGACAUCUCAGGGAGAGGCCCCGCGGGGGCCCGGGGCGCAGGGGGAGCUGCAGUCCCAGCUGCAGUCCCUGGAAGGGGUGCUGGAGACCAGCCAGCAAACCAUCCGCGUGCUGCUGGACGUCAUCCAGGACCUGGAGAAGAAGGAGGCCCAGCGGGACGGGCGACACUCGUACCGGACAGGACAGGACAUUGCCAACUGCGGGACCUGCCGGGACUGCGCCUGCAUCAUCUAUAGCGUGGAGCACGACUUCCGGCAGCAGGAGGGCCGCUUCCAGCGCGUGCUCAGCCACAUGGAGCCGCACGCGGCGCCCGGCUCCCCCGCGGCGGCGCCCGGCUCCCCCGCGGUGGCCGUGCCGCCCCGGCUGGACCUGUCUCCGGUGGCGAAGCCGCCGGCCAAGCUGGACGCCAAGAAAUCGCGGCGCAAGUGCUUCUGGUUCCUGUGAGGCGGCUGUGCCGCGGGCCCCGUCCCAGCACUGACCCCCUGCCCGCCCCCUCCUCUCCCUCCGCUCACGGUAGGGUUUGGGUAGCACCAGCUUUUAUAUUUUUAACCGGUCGGUUUGAUGUUCUGAAGCCCCCGUGUAAAUAAGGCAAGGGGAACAACAGCUGUAUUUAGCGAGAAUUCAAUAAAUUCUACAGAGACGCUA